AUGCCCGAGGCCACGGGUCUGGAAAUCCUGGAUGACGUGGAGGACCUUUGGGUAUACAUCCACUCGUCGACACUAGCUAGCUUACUAUCCUCUCAGUCUAUUCCAAUUGGAAUUGACCUGGACCGUACAAUUGUUGUUGGCGACUCUGCGGGUGGGCUGUUGGGCGCCUAUCUUGCGUUGUCUUAUCCUGAUGAUAUCCGCGCCGCCAUUCUGGCUUACCCUAUGCUUGAUGUACGCUCCGAGGCAUUCUCUAGUUCCCGGACAAGACCAAUAUCUGGCUUACCGCUCGUUCCAAUAUCAGUCUUGACGGACUAUCUCAAGACCCAGGGUAUGAGGGAUAUAGUUUCUAGUGCAACGCCACCUGCUCGGUCGCAGCUGACUAGCGCCGCUUUUAAUCAUGGAAUGUUUACUGAGCUCUAUGAACGUGGAUCGGAGAGCUCUCCGCGCCGAAGUUUACUCUUUCCGCUGGACCGAUUGAGUGAACAUGAAGCAAAGCUUCCGCGAGGAGAGAUUAGUAUUUUCCAUUGUCUCGAUGACGAUGCAAUUCCUGUUGAAGGGAGCAGGAAGUUUGCUGAAACAGCAAGGACGGCUAUGAAAGGAAAGCACGGGGGCGAUAAAGUGGUUCUUACAUUAUUAGAUUCUGGUAACCAUGCAUUUGAUUUUGGGACUAAGCUUGACGAGCCGUGGUUGAUACGAUUGGGGAUGCGGUUGUCACUUGGUUACAAUGAGGUUGUGACUCUAUAA